GCGAGUGAACACACAGCAUCGUCGCACGCCACUGCUUAGCUUAGCCAGAGAAAAGGAGAAGCCGAUCUGAUUCUGCUCUCAUCCCACACACCAUGCCGGGGAGAGAAGAUGGAGCCUCCGCCGACGAGGAGAGCUCGCAGUGCAGCAGCGGCUGCCAGUCCGGCUGGACCCUGUACCUGGAGCAUUCCGGGUCAGGCCAACAGCAACGUCGCACGCUGCCAUACGUGCAGCCCGGCGACGUCCUGAGGCAGAUGCUGCCGCAGGUGGAAUACUCCGACGAGGAGGAGGAGGAUUCUAUGGUCUCCGACGCGUCCUCCGGCCUGCCGCCGCACCUGCGCGGCGAAGAGGAGGAGCUGUUGCAAGUGCGAGGUCAGACCAACAUGCCUUCACAGCAGCGUCGGUCGGCCUUCGGCGGCGACCAAUGCCACUCCGGCUGGGGUGGCAGUCGUCGCACCGCGAGCCUCUCUGGCUCCCGUUCCUUCGUCUCCACGAGGUCUCGUAGUUCGGGCGAGAUGAGGAGCAGGAAGAAGAGGAGGGCCGUCGUCCAACGGCAGGAUGAGCCGGCGACGCGUCGCCAUGGUGUCUUCGACGACGACGAUGAUCUCCACGACACCGCGAGUUCGUCCGGCGUCGUCGCUCCCGCAGCAGUGGUGGAAGCUACUCCCUCCGUCCGAGAAUACUUGUCAUAGAAAUGGAUACAAAUGGAUGUAUCUAGAACUAAAAUACAUCUAGAUACAUCCAUUCCUCGGACAAGUAUUUCCGGACGGAGGGAGUAUCAAGGAUGGCAUGGACCUGCAGCCAAGCUGCGCCUGUGCCUUCUCGGUUCGAAGCACCGGCAUGCAGGUCUCGCGAUGCUGCACCAUAACUGAUGAAGUAUAGCUAGCCAGGGAACGAGAAAGGCCUUGUUUUGUCGGCCGCAUGUAUAAUCAGAUCGCUCGAUCAUAGCCUCACAGUUCACCUA